UACCAAACACUAUUCCAGUCUUAAUUUUACUUCCAAUCAGCACAGACGGUUGAAUCUUUUCUGCAAAAAUGGUUAAACCUAGUUCGUUUUUGCUUUGCAUCUUGCUGUUUUUAAUUUGCUUAAUCGACAGCCUUAAUUCAAACAGCCAUCGGAACAAUCGACAGAUCCACUUUGAUUCUGAAGAAACCAUCGGUCGCAGCUUAUUUCGGCCAUUUUCGCAGGAGGCGGCUCUGAUUGUAAAUCGAACGGGAUUCGAUAUUCGCGUUAUAACAAACGAGCAGUUGGACAAGGAGAUCAGUCAAGCAUCUGAUCGAAUGAACGACAUCAUUCACUUUGAGGAAGUGCUUCUGGAGAACGAAAUCCGUAUCCAACCCAACACACCUUCGUUUAGCCACCUAAAAAUAGUCCAACCAUCCAUCGGUGCUCAACAGUUGGCUCGGGAGGCCCUGCUUGUCAUCGAAGCCACUCUACGACUUCAAAAAAGAUUUAAUCUCACGCCUGAAGAGACUGGUUUAGGACUGGCUAUUCACUCUACUCGUCAGACAAUCACGUUUCCAGCCUGCCGAUCUAGACCUCCGUGCAUGGAACACUUUGGAACUGGCAUCGUGAAAUACAGAACAACCGAUGGUUCGUGCAAUAAUUUAGAACAAACUUUGUGGGGCAUGACUCGAUCGACCUUUCAGCGCAUUUUACCUCCUGCCUAUAGUGACGGUGUUUUUGCACCGAGAGUAGCCACGGACGGAAGCAACUUGCCUAGCGCUCGCCUAGUUAGCCUCUCAAUAAUUUCUCAUCAGGAUGCUCCGCGAGUCGACGUGUCAUUAUUGGGGAUGGUUUUCGGGCAAUUCAUCGAUCACGAUAUGACUUUUACUCCAACGUUUGUCUUGUCCGACUCGUCCGGAAUAGAAUGUUGUACUACGGAUGGCGGAUCGAUGCUUCCGGAUGGUUUGCGCCAUCCACAGUGUUUCCCAAUCGACAUUCCAGCCGACGAUCCGUUUUACCGUCCAUUUAAUCAACGUUGCAUGAAUUUUGUUCGAACUACACCAGGAUUACGACCCGAUUGCAAUUUCGGUUACGCUGAACAAUUGAAUGAGCUGACUCAUUGGCUGGAUGGAUCCCAAAUCUAUGGCAGCGAUGCAGAAACGUUGGAGAAACUACGUGAAUUUCGUCAGGGAAGGCUGCGUUCUGCUAGGUUUAACGGGCAAGAAAUCGUCCCAUUGGAUCCAAAAUCGAAUAUUACGCGACCGGAAGACUGCAAUACAAGUUCUUGCUAUAUGGCAGGGGAUGUACGCGUUAGUGAACAGCCACAGCUUACGAUGAUGCACACGCUGUGGCUGCGGGAGCACAACCACGUUGCUGCUGAAUUAUCACGUUUCAAUCCUGAAUGGAAUGACGAAAUCCUUUUCCAGGAAACCCGUCGCAUAGUCAUUGCCGAGUAUCAGUUCAUAAUUUACAACGAAUUUCUUCCAAUCGUUCUAGGUAAACGUUAUAUGGACAUGUUCAACCUGACCUUAUCCCAACCGUCAUAUUACAACGAUGGUGGCAAAUACGAUGCCACUAUCGAUCCAUCGAUCCACAAUGAAUUUGCCACUGCUGCCUAUCGUAUGGGCCAUUCACUUAUUCAAGGUCUUGUCAAAUUGUUUAGCCAAAACGGACAGGUAAAUGAAGAUCGUUCGUUCACACUCAGCAGUAUGCUGGAUGCUGCCUCUCCGUUUGGCAAAGACGCAACAUGGAUGGAUGAUGCUUUGCGUGGGCUGCUUGAACAACCCAUACAAAAUUUUGAUUCAUCAUUCACCCCAGAAGUAACAAAUAAACUUUUUCGUGGCGGAAAACCAUUCGGAUUUGAUUUAGUAGCACUUAACAUCCAAAGAGGGAGGGACCAUGGGUUACCUGGCUACAACAGUUAUCGAGAAAUUUGCGGAAUGAAAAGAGCCGACCAUUUCCGUGCAUUCUCACCCCAGAUUUCACCUGACAUGAUAUCACAACUAAAGCAUAUUUAUCGAUCUGUGGACGACGUUGAUCUGUUUGUGGGUGGCAUACUGGAAACUCCAGUUCAUGACAGUCUUGUUGGUCCAACGUUUCUCUGUAUUAUUGGCGACCAGUUCGCACGGCUAAGAAAAGCUGAUCGAUUUUUUUACGAUGUUAACCAUCAGCUUCACUCUUUCAACCAAAGACAAAUAGAGGAAAUUCGUAAAGCUAGUUUAGCCAGAAUUAUCUGCGACCAUAACGACGGCACGAUCCGUAUGAUUCAACCUCAAGUUUUUCGGACAGCGGGAGCAAUAAAUAGUAAGAAAAGGUGCGACGGACCAGCAAUCCCCCGGCCUGAUUUCAGUCUUUGGGCUGGCGAGCCCAUCUUUUAGCCUUCAAAAGCAGCAUCAGCCUUAUUUGUUUCAUCUCUACCUGUUAUUUGUAUGGUUUAUACUUGUAAAUGAUGUAUACGUGUAUUGCGUGCAGCGUAGGUGGUUUCCAAACUAAAAAUUUAUGCUUCAAAGUUGGCAUAAAACUCAUGUAAAUUAUGGAAUGCAAUAAAGCUUUCAGCACUUUAAAACAUGUCGGAUUAAAA